UCUCAGCACAGCAAAGUGAUCUGUAAAUACCAUCCAGGCCAGCGCAGCCUUCCAAAUAUAACUAAACUAACUUUUCUGCAGGCGGCUGAAGGGGCCCCACUCGGAGACUCUGCAGUCUGGACUGUGUUGGUCUCACUUGUUUAAAUGGACUUCCAGAAGGAGAGGGGCAAUCUGGAGGAAGUGGAGAUUGACCUGGAGGAUUCCAGUGACGCGGAGGAUCUCGACGACGGGGAGCGAGCGGAGGCGCCAUGGAGGACCCGCCCUGACCUGCGGGACGAAGAGGAAAACAUUGAUACGUCUUCUUUGGUGGAUAUCAGCGAUACCAAACCUCUGCUCAAUAUCAGAGACCCUCGAGGGAUCAACGACUGCCUCAAGGUGACCUUUGAGGACGUUAUCGCAGAGCCGUUGUCAGUGCGCAGUGGCGACCGAGUCUGGAUCUGGAGCCACGCCCUUUUCGAGCUAUGCAGAGUGUGGAUGUACCGGGCGUUCACAGUGCUUCUGGCCCUUCCCAUGUCUCUUCUCUCUGGGCUCCUCUUCGCCGUCCUCAGCUACCUCCACGUCUGGAUGAUACGCCCGAGCAUGCAGGCCAUUCUGAUGGGAACUCGCUGGCUGCAGAGCCUGUGGAAGGCGACGCUGGACGUCUUGGUGCGCCCCCUGCUGACUAGCACAGGACGAUGCUGUGGCAGCUUCAGCGUUCACCUGGCAGAGAAUUGACACGUUUUUCUUUUGUUUUUUGCCAAGCGGACGUUCUUAUGGUUGAAUUUUGAGAUCAUAUUUACUGUUUUGCUCACACCUCAGCAAACAUAACAACCUUUCUGCGUGCUUCAAAUAGCUAACAAAGUAACUUUCACAUGGAAAUAUAUGGGGUAUUUGAAAAAACAACAACAAACAUAAUUCUUAUGUUUACAUCAUGUAAACAGUGCCAGUCAAAAGAUGCUUACAUAAUUCAAUGACAAAGGGAUGUGACAAAAAUUCAGACAGCUACCGUAUAAGCAAUGAUAAACAUAGCUAUUAUAUCAUACAUUUUUACGUAUUUUCUGGACUACAAGGCACACUUAAAAUAUUUUUUUCCCCUCAAAACUCGACAUUGGCCUUAUAACCCGGUGCGAUUAAUGUAAGGAAUAAGAUUGGUGGAACUUACCCACCUCGAAGCUAUUUUAUUUGGUACAUGGUGUGAUGAUAAGAGUGACCAUUGGAUGGCAGUCAAACAUAAGAGAUAUGUGUGGGCUGCUCUGUGAUGGCAAUAUGUCUCAAGUAAACAGCACCAACAUUUUAAAUGUUCCAAUUGAAAUUAUAGAACAUUACACACACGCUCAAAAAUCUAUCAAAAUAUUUUAGUACGACUUUGGUAAGCGAUGAAGCCGCACCGCUUGAUGGAUUGUCGGCGCAUUAAACCUACAAGUAUUAUUAUGGUGUGUGUAUAAGGUAAGACAUAUUAUCUGGCGUUUCGUUUCGCAAUAAUAUGCAAAAGCAACUUUUCUUAUCUUCUGGUACCUGCUGAUCUGUAUUUGGGAUCUGCAUAAAUCCUGAAAAAUUGCGAAUGUCCGCCUUUGUAGUCCGUGUCGACCCCGUAGUCGAUAAACUUCUUCUUUUUCUCUAUCUUCUUGUUACGGGACAUUCAUCCUCCGCUGUUGACAUUUCUAAUAUAAAGUUAAGUUAAAGAAGUUAAUGAUUGUCACACACACACCAGGUGUGGUGAAAUGUGUCCUCUGCAUUUGACACAUCCCUUUGAUCACUCCCUGGGAGGUGAGGGGAGCAGUGGGCAGCAGCCGUGCCGCGCCCGAGAAUCAUUUAUGGUGAUUUAACCCCCAAUUCGAACACUUGAUGCUGAGCGCCAACCAGGGAGGAAAUGGGUCCCAUUUUUUUUAUAGUCUUUGGUAUGACUCGACCAGGGUUUGAACUCACGACCUACCGAUCUCAGGGCGGACACUCUAGCCACUAGGUCACUGAGUAGGUCAGUAGUGUAAAGUUCUUACUUAUAUACGUAUGUCAGUAAACUCGUCAUGAAAGUACUGAAACAUACCGGUGUAGUCAGUUUACAUUAUUCACUUAGGGAAAUUUAGUCAUUAGAGUUCCGAUCCGUCGGUUUUUCACGGGACACAUUUCUGGUGUUGCUGUUUCCAGAUGAGGAGAUGCUGCUCCGAUAUUGAUUGAAGUAAAGUUAUCUCCAUCUUUUGACACUUUUUCCACUCCCGUCCUUGCAUGCUACACCGCUAGAACAAAGAUGACGGGGAGAAGACACUGCCAAAGGUGAGCCACGUAAAUAAGACCGCCCACAAAACGGUGCAUCCGGAAGUAACUGUCAGAAAGCGGCUUGAAGAUGAUCCGUAAAACAUCAUCUAUUCAACAUUUUGAUCAAAUAACCACAAUUACAUGUUAUGUAGACCACAAGGAAGUGUUUUCCAUUUAGAAAAACUAAAUUUCAAUAUGACUCCUUUAAUCUGCCCUAUAAUCCGGUGCGCCUAAUAUAUGAAAAUUCAUCGGCAGUGCACCUUAUAAUCCGGUGCGCCCUAUGGUCCGGAAAAUACAGUAAUAAUUUUAUUAAGAUGUUUUUGGCCAGCACUUCAAAACAACCAACAAUGUAAUGAUCAAUUGUUUACAUUUUUUAUUGCAUAAAUAAUAGGAAUAUCUGUCAUACAGAAAGAGAAUGAAGUCGGCAAACUUUAGAUCAAUCCAUCCAUCUUCUUCCGCUUAUCUGAGGUCGGGGCCCUGGGGGCAGCAGCCUAAGCAGAAAAGCCCAGACUUCCCUCUCCCCAGCCACUUGGUCCAGCUCUUCCUGGGGGAUCCUGAGGCGUUCCCAGACCAGCUGGGAGACAUAGUCUUCCCAACGUGUCCUGGGUCUUCCCCGUGGCCUCCUACCGGUCGGACAUGCCUUAAACACCUCCCUAGGGAGGUGUUAGGGUGGCAUCCUGACCAGAUGCCUGAACCACCUCAUCUGGCUCCUCUCGAUGUGGAGGAGCAGUGGCUUUAUUUCGAGCUCCUCCCGGAUGACAGAGCUUCUCACCCUAUCUCUAAGGGAGAGCCCCGCCACCCGGCAGAGGAAACUCAUUUCGACCGCUUGUACCCGGGAUCUUGUCCUUUCGGUCAUAAUCCACAGCUCACCACCAUAGGUGAGGAUGGGAACGUAGAUGGACCGGUAAAUUGAGAGCUUUGCCUUCCGGCUCAGCUCCUUUUUCACCACAACGGAUCGAUAUGGCGUCCGGAUUAUUGAAGACGCCGUACCGAUUCCUCCUGUCGAUCUCAUGAUCCACUCUUCCCUCACUCAUGAACAAGACUCCGAGGUACUUGAACAAGAUCUCCUCCCUUUUCCGGACGAGAACCAUGGACUCGGACUUGGAGGUACUGAUUCAUAAGGGGAGUUUUUUUUUACUUUGUCCCAGGGAGAUGGGCACAUUAAUAGGGACACCUCUCAGUAAUUUACUGUCUAUUGCAUCUUGUAGGACUUCAUGUGUGUUAUACUGUAACCAUGAUCAAUUUACAGCAAUAAUAAUCAUUUUUCAUAUUUCUA